AUGGACUGGAAUGAUUUUUCACACCUCUUCCAACACCAUAGGGAGUUGGCAGAGCACUUGGCGCAGGGGCUUGGUGAGCAAGCCCUGGCCAAUCUCUUGAGUUGUCCUCCUGAACAACAUGUUGCUCAGUUAGAGAAAUUUGAGGCAUUUGUACUCGGACAGCGCAGAAAUGCGUCCGAGGUACAUGGUCAUGCCGCGGCUGAGUCCAUCAGUAAGACUCAGGAUGAGCUUAUGCGCGAGCAGGCUCGGAACGAGGCGCUCAACAGAACUGUUGAGACGCUCUCUGCCCGGUCUAAUCAACCGAGGCCCAUUCGGAUGGACCCUCCAAAAUUUGAUGGGACUGCCCCACAUACGAUUGUCCACUGGCUUUAG